UUUUCUUUUUCUUUUUUUUUUUUAUAUGAUUUCAUCAGCAUGGUUAAUGCAACAGAGGUGUCCAAUCAUAAUUUGCUCUUGAACAAACUUGGACGAUCAUUUGUUUUCAAUUUCCGUAAUUACAAUUUCUUUAGCUUCUUUCUUGUUUUUUUAAAAAAAUUAUGAAGGCAAUUGUUACUGGUGCCUCUGGACUCUUGGGCAGACCUGUCGUUAGAGAAUUUCAAAACGCUGGUUGGGAAGUUGUUGGUACAGCUUACUCUCGUGUUAAAGACAACCUUGUCAAGCUUGAUUUGAAAGACGGUGCUGCUGUCGAGAAGUUUCUCGAGGAGCAAAAGCCUAACGUUCUUGUUCAUUGUGCUGCUGAACGUCGUCCUGAUGUUGCUGAGAAAGACCGUGAAGGUGCAUUACGCUUGAAUGUUGAGACACCUAAAAGACUCGGUACACUCUGUAAAGAAAAGGGCAUUAUGCUCAUUUAUAUCAGUACAGACUAUGUGUUUGAUGGCACUUCGCCUCCUUAUGAGGUUGAUGACAAGCCUCACCCAUUACAAUUCUAUGGUGAAACAAAACUGGCAGGUGAGGAAGCAGUCAUGAGUGUUUAUCCCGAAGCAGCUAUUCUUCGCGUUCCUAUUUUGUAUGGUCGCACAGAAUACAACGGUGAAUCUGCCAUCAACAUUUUGAUUGAUGUAGUUUUAAAUCACAGCAAACCUGCUACUGUAGACAAUGUCGCUGCUAGAUACCCUACAAAUGUCGAAGAUGUUGCCCGUGUAUUAAAGGAUCUAUCAGUUGCCAAAUUGAAGGAAGGUAAAGACAUUAAGGGCAUUUAUCACUUUACUGGUCAAGAAUGUAUUACAAAGUAUCAAGUUUGUGAAAUCUUCGGUUCUAUUUUGAAUGUACCCAUUGACCAUCUUGCCCCACAAAAUACAGUUGAUAAAGCUGCUUCUGUCUCAAGACCUGAAAAUUCACAUUUGUCUGUCAAACGUCUUGAAGAAAGCAAUAUUGACACAAGCUUCGUCAAUUUUGCCAAAUGGUGUUCGCAAAACCUUGGUCUCCAAAACAACUAAAAGUUUAUUAUAAUAAACUAUGUGUUUUAUUUUGACAUUUGUCGAUCAACUACCAUUAGACUUCCUACAAAAGUCAAGUUCUACAAUUCAAUAAAAUAGUUAGAAUGAAAUCAUCAUUCUAUUGUACUUGCCAUCUUUGCUCUCACUUCAACAA